GUUUGUUAUUCAUUGCAUUUGUCAUGUUCAUUUGAAAAAUUGAUUUACUCUUGAACGAUUUUUCUUAUCAACGUAAAAUUGCAAAUAUAAAGAGAUAACCUUUAACAGUUCGCCAUUUAGAAUCGAUUAGGUAAAGAGUAAAGAGUGGGAUUUAUAAAAUUAUAAAUAUAGCCUACAGAAAUAAAGGAAGAUGUCAGAAGCACAAGUAAACAUCGAAACGCAACUUUCCAGUCCUGUUGAAGAGGAGCCCGUCGAUUUUACGACUAAAACAUGGAGAGAAGAUUUUUGUUUCAUUGUUGAAAAUAAGAAACUCUUUGUUGCAAGAAAUGUUCUAGCUUUGGCGUCGCCGGUGUUUGAAAGAAUGUUUCAGGGGGAGUUCAAGGAAAAGGGAGAAGCGAAAAUGGCAUUACCUGGAAAGAAAUUCGAAGAUGUAAAAGAGUUCCUACAAUGCAUUUAUCCAAGUGUUUUAAAAGAUGUCACCAUCAAGAACGCGCAUAAAAUUGUUGCGUUAGCCGAAGAAUAUCAAGUGGCCGCCUUAAAGUCAAAAUGCGAGGCAUGCUUCCUGACCAGUCUCAGUACGAAAACAUCUGCAAAAGACAUUUAUAGAUUAAUUGACCUAGCUUGUCUUUAUUCCCUAGAUGAUUUAUUCCAAAAGUGUACUACUCUGGCAGCAGAAAAAGCAUUGGAAGAUCUUGAUGAAGCAGAGAUCCAAACUCCAAUUCCUUCUGCGGCAAAGCUCGUAAUUCAACGAGAAAUAAUUGAUAAGAUGAAAGCAAAUCAGAUUAUAACAAGUCAGGUAGUUGACAGCUUAAAUGAAGAACUGCAAAGGACGGUUACAUUAAACAAUUAUCAUCGUGCUGAUCUACCGAAGGGCGAUCAACUGAGUUUGGACGACUAUAAAGGAUGGAGUGGAACAAGUUUAUUUUUAAAUAUUGGUGCAAAUAAAAAUACACAGGUGUAUAUGCCAGAGGUAUGUGGCAUACAAAUAGCCGUAGAAUUUAAAUUCGCAACCAGGGGCACUUUAGUAAUAACACUUCAUGCCCAAAAUAUGAAGACAUCGGUACUUGAGAUCUUUGGGAAAGUAGUAUUUGUCAACGGAAUAAAAGGAAAGACAAACAUGUGCCAACCAAUACAAACACAACUUUAUGACGGUCCAUGUAGAGUUGUAAUCAAGCAUGGUGAUAUCCUACAGAAAGAAACAGAGGGAUACAUCUACCACGGUAAAAUGGAUGUUGAAAUCCAUCUUUUUGCACUGAAAAAGGACAGUGGCUAUGUGUGUUAGUCUGCGACGUAAAGUGGCGUUUUAAAGUGUUAUAAAUAUAUAUAGAUAUAUUUCACUCUUAUAUUUUGAUAAUCCACUGAAAAAUAUGUUUAUAUAUAUUCAGUGGAGUAUCAAAAUAUAAGAGUGAAAUAUAUCUAUAGUAAUUUCACAGUGAAAAUAAUAAAUACUUUAUUACAUACUAACUGUUGCACACUGUCCUCUGUAAAGCUGGUGCUCUAUUGUCCGUUUUGAUUUGCGCUAUUUCUGUUCCAACUUGCGCCUUAAAUGUUUAGCAUCUUGAAGCUCUUGUGUAUACCAGGGACAAAUUGGUCUCUGGAUGAUGGUAUUUGUGCGCAAUGGUGAAUAUUUAUCAAUAAUUGAUGCAAGUCAUUGUUUGUAUGUGUUAACUAACUCAUCAACAUCUGUCAUUUGCAUGAUGUCAUUCAAAGACUCAAAAGUUCAGAAGAUCCCCUUUGAAUGAGUAAACAUCAGUUGCCCUAAGUUUUCUAAAGAAAACAUUUUUUCUCACUGGUGGAGGUCUGGCAGCCUUUGCUAUCGUUAUCUCUUGUAAUGACAACAUCCGGGAUGUGUCCAUCGACGUGAGUGGCUUUAUUACAUGCUGUCCAAAAGUACUUAAAAGGUUGGCUGUGUGUCUGUCAGUUGGAAUGUCAAAAUGAAAGUUUAAAUCUCCUACAAUGAUGAUUUGUUUGUCAGUGGCAGCAAAUCUAAAUAAGAAAUUGGGUCAUUUAUUCUCAAGAAAGUCCCCUGUUUUAAGGCCAUUUCCUCGGGAUGGUGGUGGUCUGUAAACGUAAACUAGAGGCAAAAUGAAUUUUUUAUGCUCAGUCGAUGUAUUCGAAAUUUUAGGAGUUUUUGUUUAAUGUUGAUGCAAGAAGGCGGACAACUAUUGAAGUUCUAUUUAUGAUUGCUACGCCUCCGCCACGGCUGCCAUUAUAGCGGGGGAGGGGGGGGGGGCGUACUUGAUUUUGUAACUAUCUGGAACAAGCUCACAGCACUGCCAAGCCAAGUUUCUGUAACAACAACUACAUCAAAUUCAUUUGAAAUGAUAUAGUAACCAAAAAGAGAGUGCUUAAUUUUUAACUAAUCUCGGGUUGAUACUACACAUUUUAAAAGAGGUUUAAAUUUUAUCUAGAGAGGGAGGUUUACGUUGUGCAUGUACAAUAUUCUUUUUAUUUUGUUGGUAGAAGGCACAGCUGAUACAUUACUUGCACCAUGACGAGUCUCCUUAAGUAUGAGAUUGUCUGAGAUAACUCAUGAUCGUUAUUGAGACUGACCCCUUGAUCUGAAACUGUUGAAACAUUGCAUGUGUUCUGUGAAACUAUACGAAUUGCUUGCGGUAGUUUCUGUAGAUUUUCUUUGUUAACUCCUUCAUUUAUGUCCCAAACACGCCAUAAUUAAGGAAUUCCCCCUCGGUAACCCCUGUACUGAGCAGAACUUGAUUGUCCAAAGUUCAAUAGGCCUAACUGUUUUAAUUUUGAUAAUAGUAGCUGAUCUGACUUUUUAAUAUUGGUUGACUGACGUAUAAAGGAAGAUCACAUCUAUUGUACUGUAAUCCCUGCAUUCUCUGCUAAGUGUUCACCAUCUGUCACGGAUAUGGCUGGAGGCAUGUUUCUUGAUUUGAAAAUCCAAAAUAUGACACUAAAAUGUAUUAAAACUUCAAAUUUCGUGCAAACCACUGUAAAAUUCUUCAUAAAGAUUCUUCACUAAUCUAUUCACAAUUCCUUCAUGUACAAUCUUGUCAAAUUCCAGAAUUUUUAGUGAAGUAUUUUCAGCUAUACACAUGAAAAUAUUAUUAGUACAAAAAAAUGAAGCCGAUACAUUGGCAUAUAAAGGCAAAAAUACCUUUCUACUCGGAUAAGGUAGUAUCAUGCCAAAAAGAUUCAAAAAAUCUUUUCGAAAUCACAAAGCAUGUUAGAUGCUACAAAUCAUCUUUGCCAAAAGCUGCAUCUUCCAAACAACUCGCAUAAAACUUGAUUCACUUCUUCAUAAACAAAAAAGACAAAAUACGGACAGACAUAAAAUCCUGUUCUGUAUCCGACAUUUCAGAUGACACAGAAACACAACCACCAAUGGAGGACUGUCUAUUAGUAAACAGCUCUACUAGAAUCCGCAUUUUUGUCCUAUUUUUGGCUAUAUAGAUGUAUCGUAUGUAAUAUUUAUGUUAUUGAAUUAAAAUAAUGUGUAAG